AUGCUUGAGGAUUUCUUCACUCUUACUGAGAUGAAGGAUGGCAUCUCCACGGUCGCAAGGAUCGCAGAGCUCAUAUCUGAGAUGCACAAGCUGGAAGACUCCGCCGACAUCAACACGUCUGACGUGAUAAGGCAGUGCUCCACGGCUGCCAACACACUAGCAUCCACCAAAAACGAAGAGUGUCUUCAGCAUUUCGUUCAGCUAAACGGUGUUUCCUUUCUCAACCGUUGGCUUCAGGAUGCUCAAAAAUGUGUUGGGGACGUCAGCAGUUCAGCGGAGGAUCUUAUAGUUGCCAUAUUGACUGCGUUGGAGUGUCUUCCAAUCAGCAAUGAGCAGUCAGCCUCCUGUAGAGUUAUGCCUACUGUUGAUCACCUGCUUGCUCACGGGAAUGCCAUGAUCAACCAAAAGCGAGAGCACUCCGUCACAAAGGAGGCAUGCCGGACUGAUCAGCUUAAGUCUCCAGAACCUAGCCACAAGACAGAAACUAAGAAACAGAGUGUAGCGGAUCAAGAUGGAGAGCCUGCUGAAGAAUCAAAACCUGAGGCGACAACUUGCUCAGAUGCACCUUUGUCCGAUCCUUCUCUGACUAAUGACAAUACAGAUGCAACAAAGCAACCACCGGGGCUAACAUCACCGAAUUCAUCAAAUGGAAACACAGAAUUAGGGGAUGUCAUGUGGGUUUACAAGAUGGGCAGUCCACCACCAAGGGAACUUCUUCCAAUGAUGCAGAACUGCCCACUAAUGGCAUACUCCCGGUCAAACUCUAUUAAUGCAAAGAGUGAUACUGGACAAGAUGCACCGGUGGACUCGACUCCAGCAGCCAUGUCUGUAGACCAUAAUAAACCUGACAAGCUAUUUGCUAGUAGCAAAACAGGUCUGGAGGAUAGUAUUGUUUCAGCUAGCUCGGGUAUCAAAGAGUCUGAGCCAUUUGCAGCUGGUAGGUUACAUUUGGAGAAGGAUACAACUGAAACUUUGAACCAACUUGCAGCUGUAACCCGUGAUUUGCAAGAUCUGUCCGAGGAAAGUACAGGCAAAGAAGAUGAACCUACAUCAUCAUCUAGUACAGAUGAUAUGGACAUGAGCAGUGACUAUAUAUUGCAAAGAUAUUACGAUGAUACAGAUGCACUAGAAGUAGCACGUCUGGUAGCUAUUGAGGUGGAGCGGGAGGUUAUUGACUACAGAGGACCCUUUUGUAGUUCUCCUGAUACUAAUUCCAGGAAUGCUGACAGUCCUGACCUGGAAGCACCGCGGCAGCCUGUAGCUGUUGCCAGUGAACUGAAUGAUAAUAAAUCUUCUUGUACAGAGGCUAAGUCAGGAAGUUCCUCAUCUCAUAAGGAGGAUGGAUCAGGCAUCACAGAUGGCAGCGCUGUGGCUGCUUCAAGAGGCUCAUCUGUGUUUCCAGCUCGGCUCCACUUUGAAGGUGGACUUGGGUGGAAAGGCUCUGCCGCAACCAGUGCCUUUCGACCAGCUUCACCUCGGAGGACUCCUGAUGCAGAGAAGUCGCUUUCAGCUUCUUCACAUAAAACAAGCAACAUGCUAUUUGAUUUAAAUGUAGCUGACAGCGAUAGUGCUACUUCUGGUGAACCACUCUCAACAGCAAUCCUGCCUACUUCUUGUGACCUACCUUCCAAGGGUGCUUCCAAAGCAGUUGGUAUGAGCGGAGGACUGAAACUUGACCUUAAUUUCUCAUGUGGUGAUGAGGAAGAUGCUGUCACUGCAAGCAAUGUGCCGCCAUUGUGGAAUCGCCAACAAUUUAAUGGCAACUGGAGUCAGCCUUCUUCCUCCUCAUCUUCAAGGCAACCUGCAGUCAGAAACUUUGACUUGAAUGACAUGUCAAUCGCUGAUGGUUCUGUGCGAGGAAUGGAUGGGUCUUCUGUCAAGACUCCUUCAAGGGAUAUGUCGAACCAUUCUGCCGUCACAAUUAUGGGUAAGAGGAUAGUUGUAGGGCAGAAAGAACAUGGGCAGCAAUACCAGCAUAACUUUCUGGGACCAAGUGCUGAAUCAAGAGUUCCUCCAAGACCUACUCAGUCUUUUGCACAUACUCCUGAUUAUAGUGUUUUCAGUUAUCCAUCUCAACCUGCUAUGCCUUUUCCCCCAGCCUUCUUUGCCCCUGGGGGCAGUCCGUACUUGGUUGAUGCAAAGGGUGCACCAGUCAUACCACCGCUGUCAGGUCUAAGCCUCGGCAUUUCUCAUCCAUCUUUCAGCCCCAGAGCAACACCACCCUCAUCUAAUGAAUUGAGUUACUUUCAUCCUAGCAUGGAUUUCAAUUAUGGAGUGCCAUCUGAAGGCGCACGGAGGGAGGCAGGGAGCUACUGGCCCGUGUCCUACCAGGGCCAGACAAUGUUUGUGGAUGAACGCAUGAGGAAUGUGUCACAGGGUGGUAGUUCUGGGUUGGUGCUGAAACGAAAAGAGCCAGAGUCAGGUUGGGAUAUGUACUGCGUCGUUGAGCCUGAAGGUUUGUUGCAGCCAUAA